UCCCUGAACCACUUCAAUACAUUCAUUUUCUAUAUAUUGUGUGAAAAUAUGUUUUGACAUGUUAUUUCAAGAUAAACGUAAUACAAAUAGAUAAAACGUUUUGAUUUUUUCCAAGGCAGAAGAACACCCCACAGAGGAGCCCGAAUCAAAUGCCAUUUGGGGGAAAGAGGUUGAUUGAUCCAAAAUGGAACCUGUGAAAAGGAUGAAAAUGGAGAAUGCGGUUGUGGGUUUCCAAUACUGCUUUAACCAAGAGGGCCAGCUGAGACACAGGGAAACCCAGGAAGCCUUUGUGUUUAACUACCAUAGAGGUGAAUACAAAAGAAACCACCAGCGCUACCAAGCCCUUGGGCAGGUCAUUACAGAGCACGUUUACAGGCUUCUGGAGGGGGAGUGUCACCUGCAAAGGGUCUACAUUCCUCUGGACGCCAAAGAGAACGAGCCCAAGAGUCUCUUCUUUAUGAGCCCCGGGGCUUUAGACAACCCGAAAGGCCUGGUGGUUCUGAUCCAAGACCAGGGAGUCAUACGUGCUGGUCAGUGGAGCAGAAAGCUGAUAGUUCACAGUGGGCUAGAGCAAGGCAGCCAAAUCCCCUUCAUUAAGAAGGCUUUGGGAGACUCCUGUGGAGUGAUUGUGAUGAACCCCAAUGAUAACUUCCUUGAGAUCAAAGUAGAAGAGGAAUACUGCACUGACCUUCAGAACACAAGUACAAAUUCUCCAAGCCCUGCAGAUCCUGAAGACAAGGAGUUUUUCAGGAUCCCCAAAAGGUGCAGUAGCACUCCGGAAGAGCAUGUGAGGUACAUCUGGGACCAUUUUGUGUCCAAAUGCGUGGCCAGGCAUGUUGCUGUGAUUGCCCACGGGUAUGGGGGGUUGGUCUUUGUGGACCUCCUGCUUCAUCGGCGACAGGAGGUUCAGAGCAAGGUCUAUGCUGUAGCCUUCAUUGACUCUCUCCACAACAUGUGGCACCAGGUGUUGGACAAGAAGACCCAGGAGUGGAUCCAGAGGCACUGCCGCAAGUGGGUGCUCAGUUCCAGGCCCAUUGACCGCCCCGUGACCUUCGUGAAGGUGGACUGUCCUCAGGUGUCAGCGGGCACACAGAGUCAUGAGUCUGCCCCCUGGAUCUGCCUACAGUCAGUGUUCAGAUUCUUCACCAGAGCCCUGAAGGUCAAGAACAAGGUGCCCUUUUCACGUGCUGUAAUCGUCACCAGGAGCAAAAGCAAACAGGGUCUUGCCAAGACAGCAUUUGGGGGAUUUUCACCAUUUUGAGGGUCUGAGUGCACUGGAAUCUAUAUUACAUAGGGAGAAUGAGGGAAAGAUAGCAUUACUGUGCUAGGCAAUGAGGUGAUUGGCUAAAUUAUAAUAUGAUCACACAUCCCUCCUAUUGCUGUCUUUGUGUACAGCUGGCUGAUGACUUGGGCUGACCACUGGGCUCUAUGGAUAUUUAUUCAGAGAUUGCUUUUC